GAUAGUUACCGGACGCACCCCUCACUGUAACGUCAUGGCUGUGCGCGACCAGUUAUAAACAGACUUUCAGCAAGUGAACGGGUCGUUGUGUGUUCCACGUUGUGCGUUUAUGAAACUAUAACCACAACAUAACAAACGAACAUCCUGUAACACCAUAACUCCUGUGAACAAUUAAAGUUUGGAUAUCUACACCCCCUGGAUUGCUGCAAUCUUUCUGACAGAAGAUUUAGGCCAGACUUGUAUACACCAGCAUCAAUUAUUCAUAAUUUCACAAGUGGUCCUUCGUGCCGGAGGUAUACAAGCUGCGCUAUGGCCACAUCCAGGGAGCUGUAUGAUGGGCAGCCACCGCUCAGUCCCGGUCCCAGCAGAGUGCGGCGCAUUCCCGGACAUCUGGAGGACUUCGAGCUCAGCUACCCACAUCAACCUCUUUAUCCCCCCCAGAUGAGGCCAGUCUCAUCACCGAGGCCAGAAUAUGACGAGUCGCCCAGCCAUGGAGGACAUGUCAGCUACCCUGUAGCAGCACAUCACCCUGUUGGCACUCCAGAUCACAACUGGCAACGAUUAGAGGCACGCUGGCAGACGAUUAGCAGGCAGAUGCAAGAGCUAGAAACUGACAUGGACAAGGUAAAGAUCACCGCACAUCCAAAAAGUGCCCUGGGUUACCCUUCAUACCACUCACAACAGUUUACAGCAUACCAGAGUCGCUACAGCAGCCUCCCUCAACUGGAGCUGUGUUCUCCCACGAACCAACGUAUGGAAGAAACGGGUUUACUCUCAUAUCCUCAAGCUCAUCCUGCUCAUCCCCAAACGUCUCCUUCAACGUCUCCACCUCAAUCACAGGCUAAUAGUCCUGCACCGCAGACACAGCAGACUUCCCCCGCGGCGCCGGUUACUUCUGCUGAACAGAUGCAGCCUGCACCUCCUAUGGCUCCAAGAGCUUCUGCAACAGACACGCAUUCUGCACCCACUGCUUCGCUGAUGCAGCCUGCGUCACCUGUCACUUCUCCUGCUGUGGUACAGCCUGAACCUCCUGCCUGGCUAAUACAUCCAGGUGUUAUUCCUGCUCCUGUUGCAUACCCGCAGUCUGCGCCAGCUCCACCGGAACAGCCAUAUAAUCCACAUCACCGGUACUGGCAGACGGCUCCACAGCCAUAUCAGCCUAUGCAGUAUGCUGCACCACCUCGAGUACAUCACUCCUACAUGAUGCAGCCUCCUGCACCGGCCUGGCCUACAGCUAAUUCUAACAUACCCAGUAUGAUGGAGAUGGCGAUUGCAUCAUCAUAUGGCAUCCCAAAGCCAAGAUUAACCAUCUUCAGCUCAGGAAAAGAAACUGACUUUCUUAUGCUCAAAAAGGGAUUGGACAGCGUGCUUGGCCCUCACCAACACCUGUCCGAGGAUUAUAAAUACCAAAUACUCCUCGAUCACCUCAACUUUCCAUCUGCACUCCAGGUAGCUAAGAGGUACAUCAACAGCCCAACUCCAUACACAAGUGCCAUGCAAACCCUGACCCAACAAUAUGGCCAGCCAAGACAACUGGUGCAGGGAGAGCUUAAUGACCGAUGUAUUUAGUUAUACACACAUUCCUUCACAUUUACAUUUUAAUGUGCAUUAAAGUAUUUCGUGAGGCCUUCUAAAAUGUUUUUAAAUAUAACUACGGUUGUAGUUGAAUAGUUUGU